AUGUCGCUGGUGGAAUCAGGCUGGCGUCAGUUCACUUUUUUCGAGAAGCACAAUGUAUGUGAUCCAGAAAAUCCAGAAAGCAAAUUCAGUGGUUUAAAGGAUCUGAAGGCAUGUUGUUCAGCAUCUGGUGAUGGUUUCACAGUAUUUGGGGAACCGUCUGGCGCCAUAUUCAAAUUGUCUCGUAACCUGAAGGAAUACUGUUGGAUUGCUCAUAAGUGUUCACUUGCAAAUAUCGCGCUUGCCGGCCUUAUUCUUGCGACUGUUGGCGUAAGCGGUUUCCAUUUCUAA